GGAGGAGGAGCAGUGCUGCAGUCUGUCUUUCUCUCGCUAUUGUACAAGUGUUCUUAUCCGCGCCUAUAUAAUCACCAUUCUCUCACCCGAUCUUUUCUUUAAUCAAAUGCUCCCCUUAAACCCUACCUCUAUCUUCACCCCCUCCAAACCCUCUCCAUUGUUUUCUCUCCGUUGCUUCGCCGCAGGGGACGUCCCGGCUGGCCCCACCUUUCCUCGCUGGUUCGACUCCCCCUCCGCCGUCGCUGGUAUUGCGACGGGUGUGGGUGGCGGCCCGAGGAUUUCUCAGGAUUCUGGUUCGACUGCUGGGGAUGCUGCCCUAGUGACCCCGAGGAGGGGCGGGAAUGGGAGCGUCAAAGCCAAUGCCAGGGAGAGGAAAUGGUCGCGUGACAGAGAGAGUUAUUUGACUGAUGACGGUGACGCGCUUCCUCUACCGAUGACGUAUCCUGACUCCAAUCCUGUGCCGCCCGAUGAGAUUGAUAGACGCCUGAAUUGCGAUCCCCAAGUCCAGGAUUGUAAGGAAGUAGUUUACGAAUGGACUGGGAAGUGUCGCAGUUGUCAAGGAUCAGGGUAUGUCAGUUAUUACAAUAAAAGAGGGAAAGAGAUCACCUGCAAAUGCAUACCUUGCCUUGGAGUUGGAUAUGUGCAGAAAAUAACUGCUCGCAAGGACAUAGAAGUGAUGGAGGAUUUGGAUAAUGGUCAUGGAAGACCUUGAGCCAUGUAAAGUUCCUCCCAACUUGUGGGAGUUUGAGAAUUUUUGCGUGAUUCUUACUGCCAUUUUUGCAGUGAAAUGAUUUCUAGUGGAUAAAAAAAUUCUCAUCCAAUUUACUAAUAUAUUUGUAAUAGUUUUGAAAUGCUGUACUCUCUCCAAACCUGUUGACAUUUUUUAACUUGUAAAGUAGCUUAUACAUUCAUAGGUAGUGGAAGGGUACCUAAGCUGCAGAGUUCAGAUGUUUAACGCAAUGAAUUGAUUGUAACCUUAGCAAAGAAUGUAUUCUUUUCUUACACUUCAACGUACAUUGUUCUUUCA